AUGCAGGAAUUCUACAAAGCUUACAUCUGCCCGUCGUCACCUACCCGGGCGAAGAUGUCGAUCCACCUCCACGCGCAAGCGGCCAGCGAGCUCGACAAGAAGAUCACAGAGCUCUUGGCCCGAUCCAGCCUGGAAGAUGUGCCGUCCGAGCAGCGCCAGAACCUGGGUCUCCUCAAGAAGUACCUCAUAGAAGUAGCCAAGCUUCCCGAGGACAAGGCGGCGUCCAUUAUCGCCGAAGCCAAGGAAUUUGGCCUCAAGGCCGCUGCGUCUGACCCCGAUACCGGCAAGGCCCCCAACGGAACGUCAGUCAGCAAGAACCAGCCGACAGAAAUUAAGGACAUUCGACGCUUCAAGUCUGGGCUCCUGGCCAGCUCUGGCGCGCGUCCCGUCAAGGAUCUGAGCGAGUACGAGGACAUUGACCCGAAGCUGUAA